AUGCAAUCAUCCCAGGCAGCCGUCAUAACCCGCUCUUUGGGUCAUGCCGAGUUCAUCACUGACUGUCCCAUCCCGUCCCUUCGCGAUGAUGACAUUCUCGUGCGCACCGUCGCCGUGGCCCUGAAUCCAAUCGACUGGAUGCUCCUGGAGACCACCCCGUCCCCCCAUGCAAUCAUGGGACAUGAUUAUGUCGGAACCGUUGUGGCAGUUGGAGACUCCGUCCGUGAGCUGUUCAAGGUUGGUGACCGCGUGUGUGGACUCGUCAAAGGCGCAGACAAUACGCGGCCCGAGAGCGGCACCUUUGCAGAAUAUAUUGUGGCAAAGGCGGCGAUUCAGAUGAAGAUCCCAGAGGGAGUCAGCUUUGAGGAUGCAGCCACAGUGGGAGUGGGAGCCACUACAGCUGGACAGUGUCUGUUUGGACCGUCUUGUCUGAAACUGCGCUGGCCAGAGAAUGAAGGUCCUGUUGAGAAUCGAGAGCCGAUUCUAGUAUAUGGAGGAGCCACAUCCGCGGGGAGCUGGAUUAUUCAGUUUGCGAAGCUGGCCGGAUUCACCGUCCUCACAACAUGUUCGCCGAACAACUUUGAUCUGGUCCGCCAAUACGGAGCAGACGUAGUCUUCGAUUAUCGCGACCCUACGUGUGCCCGAAAAAUCCGCGAGCAUACCAACGAUACCCUCAGAGUCGUCUGCGAUGCUGUGGCAACUCAAGAGUCUGUGCGGAUUUGCGAAGCGGCUAUCGGUGACGCAGGAGGCCUGUAUCAUUCCUUGCUCCCGGUGCAAACUUCGCGCUCGGACAUGAAGGCGACUUUCUCGAACUGCUGUACCGCGAUUGGUGAGCCGUUUGAGUAUGGUCCUGAUCGGAUGGUAAUUCCCAGCAUGCCAGCAGAGUUUGAAUUUGCCAAGAAAUGGGCUGGGGUCGUAAGCACGCUCUGGGCUCAGGGGAAGAUCAGGACACUAGUCGUUGAAAAGCGUGAUGGAGGACUGAGGAAGGUUCUGGAUGGCCUGAAGGAUUUGAAGAAUCGGUCAGUUAGGGCUCGAAAGCUGGUGUACCUCGUUUCUGAGAGCUAG